GUUUGCCUUUUAGAUCAAGUAAGCAAAGCCCAGCUAUAAAGAUAAAAAAUGUUCCUUCUAAGUUUUCUGUAGUGCCUUUUGUACCCAUCCUUAUUUUACGUUCGAGAAAUCAAAUAAUAAUGUCAAAAAAGUCGAGACACAACAUGAAAAACAGCACCGUUUUUUCCCCCUCAAAUUUAUCUGCGCCUCUCACUUUUUUUUGCCUCUGCUGUUCUGUUUUGUUUUACUUUCACGCGCCCUUCAUCUCUGCAACAACACAACCAGAAGCUUCACGGCGGCCGUCUACCGCCGCCGCCGGCGGUGGGCUUGGCCUCGACGUCUCGGCGCCUCCGCUGCAACUCCGCAUUCACGACCAACAUAUUGUAAUGGACAAUGGCAUAACAGGGGUAACAUUGUCAAACCCAGAAGGAUUCGUCACCGGAAUACGAUACAAUGGGAUCGAAAACUUGCUUGAGGUUGGCAAUGCUGAAUAUAACAGAGGAUAUUGGGACAUUGUUUGGAAUGUCGCAGGAAGUUCGGGAACCAAGGGCAUUUUUGAUCGAAUAGAAGGAACAGAUUUCAAGGUAAUUGUGGAAAAUGAUGAACAAAUAGAGCUCUCAUUCACCAGAACUUACAAUUCAUCCACCGGAGCCAAUCUCGUUCCCUUGAACAUCGACAAAAGGUUCGUGAUGCUCCGCGGUUCAUCAGGAUUCUAUUCGUACGCCAUUUACGAACACUUGAGAGAAUGGCCUGCGUUUGACUUUGACAACACGAGAAUCGUAUUCAAGCUCAGAAAAGACAAGUUUGGGUACAUGGCUGUAGCAGAUAAGAGACAAAGAUUGAUGCCUUCGCCGGACGAUCGGAGGCCACCGCGAGGGCAAGCCCUUGCUUAUCCAGAGGCCGUCCUCCUUCUGGAUCCUGUAGAGCCACGGUUCAGGGGAGAGGUGGAUGACAAGUACCAAUACGGGUGCGAAAGCAAAGACAGCCGGGUUCACGGGUGGAUAUCCGCAGGCCCAGGCCCAGACCCAGACCCGCCCAUUGGACUCUGGCACAUCUCUCCCACCGAGGAGUUCCGCUCUGGUGGGCCCCUCAAGCAAUUUCUCACCUCCCAUGUCGGCCCCACCACCCUUUCAGUUUUUCAUAGCGCUCACUACGCAGGAGCAGAUAUGGUAAUAAGGUUCGCAACUAACGAGCCAUGGAAGAAGGUUUUCGGUCCUAUCUUCAUCUAUCUUAAUUCCUUGCCUGAAGGGGACGAUCCUCUUAGACUCUGGGAAAAUGCCAAAGAACAGAUGAUGGUUGAAGUUCAAAGCUGGCCUUACAGUUUCCCUGCUUCAAAGGACUUUCUCAAAUCAGAUCAACGAGGCACUGUCAAUGGCAGAUUGAUGAUCCGGGAGAGAUAUGUGAGUGAUGAAUCCGUUCCUGCAAGUGGUGCAUAUGUCGGGUUGGCACUUCCCGGAGAACUUGGCUCCUGGCAAACAGAGUCUAAGGGCUACCAAUUCUGGACCAGAGCAGAUAAAGAUGGCUGUUUCUCUUUAAAUAAUAUUCUCACUGGCAAUUAUAGUCUUUAUGGAUGGGUCCCUAAUUUUAUCGGCGAUUACCAAUACAAUGCUUUCAUUACCAUAACCCCAGGCAGCGAUAUCAAUGUGGGUGAACUUGUUUUUGAGCCUCCAAGAGAUGGUCCUACAUUAUGGGAAAUAGGCAUUCCUGAUCGUACUGCUGCAGAAUUCUAUGUUCCUGAUCCUAAUCCAAAGUAUAUUAAUAGACUUUAUGUCAAUCAUUCAGAUAAGUUUAGACAGUAUGGAUUAUGGGAAAGAUACGCAGAAUUAUAUCCUAACGAGGAUCUAGUUUACACUGUUGGCCUUAGUGAGUACAGAAAAGAUUGGUUCUUUGCACAAGUCACCAGGAAUAUAGGGGACAAUAAAUAUGAAGGAACUACUUGGAAAAUCAAGUUCCAACUUGACAGUGCAGAUGCACAUGGAACAUAUAGACUGCGCCUUGCAUUGGCCACUGCACAUGCUGCAGAAUUACAAGUUCGACUGAACGAUGCACACGCACUUCCCCCAUUAUUCACAACUGGAUUGAUUGGGAAGGACAACACCAUAGCUAGACAUGGAAUUCAUGGUCUCUAUCGGCUGUACACUGUUGACAUUCCGGGCUGUGAGCUUGUGGUUGGCAACAAUACAAUUCUUCUUACACAAAUAAAUAGCAACAGCCCUUUUGUGGGAAUUAUGUAUGAUUAUCUUCGUUUGGAAGGACCCUUAACUUCCAAAAUGUAAAUAAUUCGAUUGAACUUUCACAGAUUCAUUCAAUGAAAUUCUCCUUUUAUCUGGCAAAGGAAUUCUCUACUCUAUGU